GCGAUUGUGUGUCCAAAGUCUGCCCAUCAGGAAGUUGUUGCCAAGGAGACAGCAGCAAGAAAAUGAUGGUCCUUCCUUUGCAAAGCAAACCAGUUUACCUCAGUGACAUAGAAGAAGCGGAACCACCUCCAGUGGUGUAUGAGCGUAUGUGUCAAGGUUCACAAGAUAAUAAAAUUUACACAGUUCAUGCAGCUCUCUAAAUACAGUUGUGUGCACUCCGUGCAAGUGUUAUCUAAAAUCUGACAAGCUGAGAAAUACAGUACACAUGACAUACUGUUAUCAAGAUUGCCAUCCUUGGCACCACACUCCCCUAGUGACAAUGAAAGAGGGCAACCAUAUCCAUGCAGCUAUUGGCCAAUGAGUACUCUCGUACUAACUCCUUAUUGGCUAGCUCCUUCAAUCACAUUACACCAAUGAGACUUCUUGUAUCCAUGAGAAUGAAGCUUGUAGAGCUAUUUAAAUCUAACCACUGAGCCAAAAGAUGCUCAUAUAUGCAUUUGACUCAACAGAGAAACAGUAGGUUUAUAUGUAAAAGUGUUGGACUGACAUCUCAUGUCAGUCUUAUUUGCAAAGUAAUUACUGCUGUAUAUGUGUAAAAAAAAAAAAAAAAAAAAAAAAAAAAAAAGAGUAAAUGUUGUGACCAAUGCUUCAUGUAUUGGAUUUGCAAUAUGAAUAGUAUAGACAGUCUCUGAUCAGCACCAAUUAAAAUCUUUGAAGUUUCUAGUAAACAAUCUAGUCAAAGGGUGGACAGUAAACAAUGUGGACCGUUUCUCAAAAUGAGAACAAAAGAUCUGUGGGAAGUUACUACGCUAUCAGCUUACCUGUUGUCUCUUGCGUGAUUACGUCUCGCCUCAGCUGCAUUUGGCGUCUCUGUGGGCUCUGAAUUUUAGGAUUUUUCACGGAAUACCAGGCAAAUACUAUACGUUUUGGGGAGGCAUAUAAAUUAAGGCUUUAUUUUAUCUAGGCUAAAUAAAAUUACAUGUAUUUUCUUUAUCGAAUACGUCAAGUUUUGAACUCACCUGUGCUUUUCCUUUUGGAAAUAAUGUUAUAUUUUAGGACAAUCUUUUUGUAAUUAUGGAUUAUGACUCCUAAUUAACUUGUUUUAAAAAUAAGUCUUUAAAAAUAAUUUGGAAGAAAAGAUGACAGAAAAAAAGCAAAAAGGCAGUAAGGUUUCACCAUAGACUGUUUCACACAACAAAAGCCUCCCUGUGUCACAUGACCAUGCGCGUGGCCGUGAUUGACCCUGUGGGGUUCGUGCGUGCGUCCGUCUUUCCGCUGUCACACAACCUCGUCUUUCUGGAUUAAAGAUGCUCUCUUUAAAACUGUGAAAUCAAGGCCUAAAUCGUUUGGAAAUCAAGUUUUCCAGCCAAUUUUGGUUAUAGGAUGGACAAGGUUACAGGCCCUUGAUACUGGUACACACCCCUAUGGAUCAAACAUGUCUUUAAUGGAGCUUCAGGAUAAAAGUGAGCAUGUCUACACGAGCACUGGCCUCAGGAGACAGACGAGUGCUGAGAUAGUGUCAGAAGCUCGUCGCUCUCUCAGAACACUUGCCACACAGCGACCUUUCACACCUCAGGAGAAGCAUCGGCAGCUCUUUGGAGAAUCAUCUUCUCGUGCACAUGAUGGACGACCACCAUCUGCAUUUAGUCUACAUGCCCGACAUUUCGAAGCUCCUGACUCCAGGCCAGGCUCUGGAACUCGUCUCAGCCCACUGGAACGUAAACCCAGGCUGUCUGUGUCCUUGGGUGAGGAUGGCGGUCUUGAUGAAGCAACUCUCCCCAAACCUCCAGCUGAACGAGGGAAUACAAGAAUAGGAUCAGGAGGUUCUCGAGCCAAACUGCUUAGAGCAGCAUCCGUAAACAGGCUACCACCCGUGACCCCCAACACAAAGAAUAUGUCUCUAGAGACAAGGAUUAGAGCAGACCGACCAGGUGACAGAGAAAAGCUACAUUGUUCUGAUGUUACAGAGCAUACAACAAAUUCUUCCUCUGAAACAGACCUGCACAUACCUACUAAACACAGGAUACUGCAAACUGAUGUAUCCAGUUUAAGAGGAUCAAAACCAGAAGUCAAGCUUGGGCAUGGAGACACGGGAGAUGACAACAUGGAUGAAUCUGUGUUCUGGAACACUAAACUUCUUCCUGUCCUUCAAGAAUUUGAGUCUUUUGCACCAGGUGAUGCCGUGUCAGAUGAGAUUGUGGGACAGCUGUGUAAUGCAUGCAAUGGUCUCCAUGAAGCACUGGCAGAGAGAGGCAUGCUGGGAAGGCAGUUUAAACAGAGGUCCGCCAUCCUUAGAACACUCUUCAGGCUUAUAGAUGUGGGAUCGGAUCGACUUAACCUAACAUUAGCCAAACUUAUUCUGGCACUCAAUGUGAGUGGAAACAACUUGCUGAACAUCUGCAAACUCGUCUUCAAAAUCAGCCGGAACGCUAGCAACGACGCCCUGUUCCUCAAUGGCUGCAUCCUAGCCCAUUGUGUGUAUGUGUGUCCACACACAGACUCCCUUCUGUCUCUGCUCCAUUGUGAGGAUGUGUGGAGUAAAAGUGAAGCCGUGCUGUACUGUGUCGGCUCACUGAAGCUCCUCUCAGGGAACAGCACCCUCUCCAGGCUGCUGCUUUCCAAAGGCUUCGUCGUUAUACUGUUGCAGCUGUCAAAGAGACUGAUGCAUGGUCCAUCUUCAACUUCAGCUAACAUAACUUCUCACGGGUCAGAGGGCGAAGGUCAGCGUAUCAUCGCAGGACACAUACUGGUACAGGUCACAGCAGCUUUGAGAAAUAUAGCUGACCAGUCAGAGUCUCGGCCUUCCUUCCUGUCCAACAAGGCAUUCUCUACUCUUUGCUUAAUUCUGGAGAACCACCGCAAAGACCUUGACAUCUGCAUUAAUGUGGCCCGAAUAUUCAGCAAGCUGUCCACCUACACUGAAUGCUGUCAUGCACUAGCUGAGUCGCCACGUUGCUGUAGCAUAUUUUUGGACCUGCUAAGCAAACACAGCGGGAAACAGGAUCUAGUAGUGCGUCUCCUGUUCACACUAGGAAAUCUGACAGCCAAAAGCACUGAAGCCAGAGAGAGAGUCUAUGAGGAGGAAGGCGGGAUAGCUGUCCUCUUAGAUCUUUUUCAGGUCUACCAGGAAACCCCAUCGCCCCCUAAGCAAUUCCGUGGCCCUGAGAGAGAGGACGUCCUGGUCAAACUGAUCAGACUGCUGGCCAACCUGGCCAUCCAUCCCACCGUGGGCACGGCACUGGCUGCCAACACACUGUGUGUACAGCUGCUGCUGGAAGUGCUGGAGUGCAGGUGUGUGCAGGAAAGUGAAGAGUUGGUGAUUAAUGCCGUGGCCACCAUCAACAACCUGUCUUUCUACCAAGGCGAGAGCUCAGUGGUCCGUUCCCAGCAUACACACAUCUCACAGUUGCUUCUAAAGCUCUUGCUGAGCUCCAGUAUGGAUGCUGUUUUGGAGGCCACACGUGUGUUUGGAAAUCUGUCGCAGAUCAAAGACGUGAGACACUUCAUCAUGCAGCACAAAGUGGAGCAGUAUGUGGUAACCCUCCUGGACUCCAAGACCCCCGAUGUGUGUUUCUCUGCAUGUGGAGUCCUCAUCAACCUAUCUGCAGAUCCAGAAAACAGGGCCAUGCUGAGAGCCACGGGAAGCACUCAGAAGCUCAUCGACUGUCUGCGUGACUUGGGGCCUCAGGACUGGCAUUUGGCUGCUGUGGUGUGUCAGACUCUGUGGAACUGCUCUUUAGAUGGAGAGCCGCAACACACUCAGGAGCUGUUGGAGAUCUUGCGGCUCUAUAGCGACGGAGGAGCUUUGCAGUGGCCUUCUGAUGAUGGAGUCAGACAGGUUCAGGAAGCAUGCUGGGAGCUGCUCUUUUUGCCUGUAGCUGAGAGACUUAAAGAGCGUUUUUAUAUUGAAGACGUCAUUCCGUAAGCUCCACUGACACACUCCUCCUCUCCAGAUGUCACAAGCUUGUCUGUGUGUAUAUAUAUAUAUAUAUGCAUGUACACCUGCAAGCAGAGGAAUGAGCCGGUGUGUAUAUUGCACUUUAAUCCAAUGUCUUUUGAUACUAUGAACAUAGGUAAUUUGUCAAUUAUGACCAACACAUUUUUUAAAUAAAAUAGUUGAAAUGUUUAUUACACAGCCUUAUGCUGCUGUAUAGGAGAAAACAUGAAUUUUGUCGGACAAGGCAAGCCUAUGUUCAUAAACACCAAACUUAUGUACAUGCAAAAAUCACUCAAGGGCAUAUUAAUGAUCUCAAAGACUUUAUUAAACAGACACUUCCAGAAAAGUCUGUAAGGAACACAGAAUAGAAACAUUGUCAUACUUAAUACAAUCACAUUAAAUUGAUAUAAUAUGGCACUGGAUUCCCUCCUUUUAACAGGUUACACUUCACAGCUACAGUCCAUACAUUAAUAUGAAGCAUACAAAGCUGCCCUAGAGGUCAUUUACAUACAUGCUUGAAACCAAUGACCAAAACUGGAUUUUUGUGAAGUUUAUUCAAAUCACUCGUUAUCGCGAUUUAACAUUUUCUUUUCAGUCUCCAUCAUGUGAAGUCUGAAGCCGUUUAACUCCUGCACAACAUCCAAGGGAUUUUUUUCAGAAAAGAACAAGAUAUUUUAUCGAUAUCAAAAGAGGAACCCAACUUCUUGCAUUAUUCUUUUAAAAUGAGCAACAACUAGCCUAUGGUGAUUUCCAUUGAAUGGCCAUUUACUGGCACUUAAUGACCACCAGCCUCAUAACCACAAACAGGGAAAUUACAAACAACAUAAGGGAAAAUUUCCUUAUUGU